GCGCGGGUUCAGGGCUGCGGGCUGAAGACUGGGCGGCGGGAGCGCGGCCGGGGUGGCCUCGCCCGGGAAGGAGCCCCGCACCCCGGGAACCCGCCGGACUCUCGGCGGGAGGACGGAGGGUGGGCUUCAUCCUCCCACCUGGGAAAGCAGAGAAUAUGAAAGCCUAUCUCAAGAGCGCAGAAGGCUUUUUUGUCCUGAAUAAAAGUACCACGAUUGGAAGGCAUGAGGACUCAGACAUUGUUUUAGAGUUUGCCGACAUAGACAACCAUCACGCACUCAUCGAAUUUAACGAGGCCGAGGGCAGCUUCGUCCUCCAGGACUUCAACUCCCGCAAUGGCACCUUCGUCAAUGAGUGUCACAUUCAGAACGUGGCGGUGAAGCUGCUUCCUGGAGACCUGCUGAGAUUCGGCGCCACAGGGCUGACCUACGAACUGGUGGUGGAAAACCCCUCGGUCUCCUUCCCAUGGGUGAGGGGCCCCGCACCUUGGCCAAGGCCACAGCCACCUCGGGCCGCUCAGCAGCCCAACCCAUCGCCCUCACCAACACAGAUGCCCUUCUACCAGGGUGUCCGGCCAACGCCCAUGCAGAGGAGCUGGUCACAGGGCUUCCCCAGGCCCACUGUGGUCCCGCCGGCCUCCCACAAGCGGCCUGUGAGCGCCAGCGGGAAGAUGUUCUCCUUCAUGAUGGACGGCAUCCCCCAGUUCCCCUUCAUCAAUCAAGUGUGGACCAAUGUCAUGGACCUGUCGGAACAGUCAAUGGCCGAGGGAAUUCCAGGGGCAGAACCCGCCAGGGAGAUAUAUGUGGACCAGGACCUGGGCCAGCAGGAUAAGGAUGAAAUAAUUCUGCUGCUGGGAAAAGAAGUCAACCGCCUCUCGGAUUUUGAACUUGAGUCCAAAUUCAAAGAUGCCGUGAUAAUGAACUUGCAGAACGAAGUGGCCAGCCUGAGCGAGAAGCUGUCGGAGAUAGCCACCUCCCGGCCGGAGAGGGCGGGCCCGCGGAAGUGUCAGGAACAAGUCACGGACACCAAAGAGAAAGAGAUCGAGCUCUUGAAAAGCCAGAUCAGUGCCUUACAGAAAGGCUACAGCCAGGUGCUGUGCCAGACCCUGUCGGAGAGGAACUCAGAAAUCACCAACCUGAAGACGGAGGGUGAGAACUUAAAGAAGGACAACGCCCUCACAGCAGGGGUAGUGUCAUCUUUGCAAAAAAGUAUACUAGCCAAAGAUGAGCAAGUUCAACAACUGAAACAGGAGGUGAAUCAACUAAAAAAUGACAACAAAGAAAAGGAUCAUCAGCUUGAUGCCCUGAACAGCAGAUGCUCAGUGCUGAAAGAAGAGUUAAAAAAGGAAGAUGUCCAGAAGGAACGCCGGGAAGCCCAAGAGAAAGAGUUGAAACUCUGCCAAACCCAAAUCCAAGACAUGGAACAAGAAAUGAAGAAGCUCAGGGAGGAGUUGAAGAAGAGCAGCACUGAGCAGGGCAUGAUCUCCAAGACCCUUCGUGAGAAGAGCAAGGUCGAAGAGAAGCUUCAGGAGGACUCCAGAAGAAAGUUGCUUCAGCUCCAAGAAAUGGGGAACAGGGAGAGCCUCAUUAAAGGCAAUUUGGAAAGGGCAGUAGGUCAGCUGGAGCACUUCAGAAGCCAGGUCAUCAAGGCCACCUACGGACGUAUUAGGCCCUUCCAGGACAAGCCCAUCACGGAUCAGCAGUUAAUAGAAAAGAUCACGCAGGUCACUGAGGACAACAUCAACUUUCAGCAGCGGAAAUGGACCCUGCAGAAAGAGACUCAGCUCAGCAACUCCAAACAGGAGGAGAUCACAGAGAACAUCGAGAAGCUGAAGGCCACUUUGGACAACUGCCAGGCCUGUAUGAAAAUGUCCUGCUGCAGCAGUGACCUGAAAAAGGAGGCUGACCUGCUCCGCCACCUGCUGCUGAGCCCACCUGUGUCAGGGCUUCAGAAGGCGGCGCUGGACAUCGUGCGUGUGUCACUGUCCUGGCUGGAGGACACAGAGCGGCUCCUCCAAGAUGUCGGCAUCCAGUUAUCCGGCUCUGACAAAGGCAUACCCUUGUAUCUGAAAUGUCUUCUGGAACAUUAUAAAAAAAUGAAAGUCCAUACCCAAGAACUUCAGAUCAAAUUAAGCAGCUCUCAGGAAACACAGCAAGUUUUGCUGCAAGAAAAGCUGAAGGAGCAUCUGGCAGAAAAGGAGAAGCUGAACGAGGAGAGGCUACAGCAAGAGGAGAAGCUGAACGCCAAAAUCAAGAGUUUAAUGGAAGACAAGGCGGCUUUGGAGGCAAUCUUGACUCAAGAGAAACACAAGGCAAAGGAAACACUGGAGGGAGAGCAGAAAAGAGUCCAAGAUCUGGAGAGCUGCUUGACCCGUCAGAAGAAGGCGUUGGAGGAAAGCUUCACUCAAGAGAAGAACAGAGUGGAGGAAGCAUUAGAGGAAGAACGAACCAGAGUCCAAGAUCUGGAGAACCGCUUAGCCCACCAGAAGGAGCUGCCCACCCUGUAG